AUGUCUUCGCCAGGGUUUCUCUGGUUUACACCCCGUCGUCUCGGGGCGGUAAAGUUCCUUCUCCUGGUCAUCUGGGUCUCUGGGACUGUUCAGGAUUCGGUUCUUUUCAACACUCAAAAUGCAGGAAAUACUGUUUUGCCUGACAAACCUGGCUACGUCAAUACUAGCAACUCAUUCAACUUUGGCGGCAAAGUGUACAACAGCAUUGGUGUCUCUGUCAAUGGACUGAUAUACUUCGGAGAGGAGAGGACGUUUGACUUCUCCGAUGACGGCAUACCCAUUGAAAAUAUCGUCCUCAUUGAUGACAUCGCAGCCGUGUAUCCGAUGUUGCAGAGGAAUAGGCUUGGCGACACUACUAGUAGCGUAACGUACUUUGAGAUUUCUGCAGCUGAAUCCGACGGACUGGCUACGACACUGAACGACGCCCUCGCCGAUUUUCUACCUGAUUCUUUCGUAGAGUGGCUCUUCGUGGUCACGUGGAGAAAAGUUAUUUCUACUUCCGGUACUACUUCAUCUUCCUCGACUUUUCAGGUUGUCCUUGCGGUGACCGGGGGAAAGACUUAUGCCGUUCUCAACUUCGUUUCGACUGCGGGGGCCAUAUAUCCAGCAGAGGGUGGACUCUUCAAUGGCAAUAGAAGGCAUUCCUAUAUCCUUCCUGGUACAAGCAGGGUUUUGUUUGACCGGACCAUUUUGCAGGUUUCCAGUAAUGCAGGCGUCCCCGGGCGUUGGAUCUAUGAUGUCACCAACGUCUUACCGGGCGUGGAAGACAUUGGGAUCCCACCCACCCGACUGGUUGGUGGCAGCACAGAGGCCGAGGGACGUCUCGAACUCUUCUAUCAAGGCCGAUGGGGAACGGUAUGUAAUCAUGGGUGGCGUGAGGUAGCUACGAAUGUUGCCUGUCGUUCUCUUGGCUUCCAGCGUGGCUUACGCUUCUCCUCCGGGAAGUACGGUGAAGGUAACGGCUCAAUCGUUCUUGAAUAUCCUGUAUGUACUGGACAGGAAGUUAGCAUCGCGUCCUGCAAUCAUUUCGGACUUCUACGUCAUGACUGCGAGCAUUAUGAGGAUGUCGGUAUCUCUUGUGAUGAUUCCUGCGAACCGAAUCCAUGUAAGAAUGGAGGAACGUGUGAAGAUGGACGAUGUACUUGCCCUAUUGGUAAAGGAGGCAUUUCUUGCGAAGACAACUUAUCAUACGUUCGAUGUGACAGUACCACAAUGACUGUGGUUCUGGAUAAACGUCUAUUACCAAUGAAUAGUGACGCGUCAGAUGUCCAUUUUCGGUCCCAAGCAGGGGACUGUCUUGCCACUGACUCUAAUUCAACCCACAUCCAGAUGACCACAGCAUACGAUAAUUGCGACACUACUAUUGAGGAAGAUGAGGACAACAUAAUCUUCCAGAACGUUAUCACCUUCGCCAAGCCAGGGGCGGGUGAUACCGGUGCCAUUAUCACCCGGGAAUACCACCAACAAAUCCUCGUCGAAUGCUGCCUGAACAAGGUCUCAGUCCUGACCGGAAAUUUCAAGCCCCAAAUCGGCAAAAUCGACAUCAAUGAUAAAGAGCACGGCAAGUUCACUCUCAAGAUUACCCGCUUUACUAACGAUGAGUUUGACACCGAGGAGAUGGUUAAUGUCGAGGAUGGUCGGGUGAUGCUGGGCACCAAGCUCUAUUUCGGCGUGGUGUUGGACUCCACAUCCGUUGUCGGUGUCGUCAUCAAGGAGUGUUGGGCUACAGAGGAGGGUCCUGAUCAUGAUCCCAAAGAAGAUCUCAUCAAAGACCAGUGCCCUGCAGAAGAUACAGUCACAGUGAACCACGCCCUUUCACUGGAUCGUGAAGGAUUUUCUUUUGAUGCGUUCCGCUUCAUCAACGAAAUCUCUGGCGUCACUGAGAUUUACGUAUACUGCGACGUUGUAGUAUGCAAAUCUGACGAAGCUGAGGCUGCUAGGGCAGAUGUAGUAUGUGGGGAAGCUGAGCCUGGUGUACGACGUCGUGAUGUCAGCUCAGGCACCAGACACACCAUCAGCUAUGGCCCACUGAACAUCUACAGUUUGGAUGCCAGUUAUGCUGCCUCGUCCAAAGAAUCUCAUGGAAUGUUCGGCACGAGGGUGUAUGUGAUGGGCAUAGUGGCGCUCGUUUCCAUGGUGACCAUUUGGGGCGUGGUCAAAGGCUGCAGUUUCAAAAUCAAAGACCAUGAGGCUAAACACGCCCUCCUAGUUAAUAUUAACUAGAAUCACGAUUAAAGCUGACAUUUGAAACACUUGACUUACUUUAGUGUGCAGAUCCGACUCUUUUCUAUGACCUUUAAACUCUUCUCACCUUUGACGCCUAUAUGGAAAUGGCCCUUCUCAACCUCAACGCAGGAGCGGGGAAAAGCUGUCCACAAUUGACCUGUGACCUAUGAACUCUCGUCACCUUAUAUAUAUAUAUAUAUAUAUAUAUAUAUAUA